GGGCCCACCCCCGCGCUGCCCCCCACCUCCCCUCCACCGCCCCUGCCCUCGUCGUGCCCGCGCCGGCGCGGGGUGCGGGGACGGCAGCUAGGGUUUCCGCGGCACUCGCCUGGCGGUGCCCCCAGCGGGUUCGCGCUUGCACUGCGGGUGCGGGUCCGCGCUUCGCCUAGGGGGUCCGCCGCGCGGGUUUCAUUUCGUCUCUCUGAGGCCCUGCGGUUCCGUGGAGCUCUCCGGAAGCUCGAUUUGCCGCGGGGUUUUCGAGGCAGGGGCGCCGAUCUGCGGCUGCCGGCGCCGCGGCAUUGGGCGGCUUCCCAAGUCCCCGGAGCUCUGGAGCUUCGACUGGGCCGGUUCGGGUCUCUGACAAGACGCUGCCUUCAGCUCGUCUCUGCCUCAGUGUAAAUCAUUUCCUCGCUUCUGGGCUAGCUGAUAUUGGAGGGAACCAUGUCGGAGAACAUCGAUCUGGUGCUCGAGUUCCUGCGGAAGAACCGGUUCGCCAAGGCGGAGGCUGCUCUCCGCGGGGAGCUCACCGGCCGGGGCGAUUCAAAUGGCACAGCCACGCAGAGGCGUGGCGCUGAGCCGAAAGAGGACGAGGAGCAUGAGGACUCGGUGGGCUCCAAUGUAGGGCCUAAGGGUGCUGCGUCUGCGAGGAGCGCGGACUCAUCGAGGGAGUUCAUCGUGAAGGAGAUUGAUGUGGGAGCUCUGCCGAAUGGGUCGGACGGGAGGAAGGGCUCCGGGAUCGGCCAGCCUCAGGAGAAUAACAUGGGGGAUCUGUAUCCUUGGACCUUCAGCAUUGCGAACAGCACUGCAGAGCAGCUGGCCGAGCUUCUGGUGUCGGAGGAGGUGCCAAGACAUAGGCGUGGUGCGAUGAUGGCAGAGAAGAGGGAUCGAGGUGUUGGCACCGAGCAGCCUGGCCCGGUGCUGGAGCAAAAAGCCUCGUUUGGAAGAGGGAAGGGAAAAGUUGAUGCUGCUGGGAGAGCUGAAACCAACGAACAGGGUCAUACCAGGGAUAAAAAUCUGGUUCCAGAAAAAGAGAUCUUGAAUGGCUGCACAGUUAAGACAGUGCUUCCGUUCCCUGCAGAAAACCCCUCAUCUAGCUACAACGGUACAAACCACGAAAAUGAAAGGAAAGAACUAAAGAAGAGCAUUAGUGCAGAUGGUGUCGGAAAAGCAGUGAAAGGACAACUUGAUGAAGGGAACAUGCAAUAUUACUUUGAAAAGUCCCAGGGUACAGAUCAGGUGGCUGACCGCUGCUUUGAUCUGCAGCUUGUUGGAGAUAACCAGCGUGAGGAGCUUCCCAAGUUACCCCCAGUGCGGCUUAAGUCUGAAGAUAAGUUAGUCAAUAUGAACUGGGAGGAAAAGAUAAACCAUCAUGGAUCUGGAGCCAAGCAAUCUAGUGCUGCUGAUCAUGCCUUUAUGAUUGGGUCUUAUCUUGAUGUUCCAAUUGGGCAAGAAAUAACAUCUUCAGGUGGAAGGCGCACAAUUGGCAAUAGUUGGUUGUCUGUCAGUCAAGGUAUUGCAGAGGAUACUUCUGACCUGGUAUCUGGUUUUGCAACAAUUGGUGAUGAUUCACUUGAAUAUCCAAUUGGUGAAUAUUGGGACUCCGAUGAGUAUGAUGACGACGAUGAUGUUGGCUACACCCGACAACCAAUUGAGGAUGAAACCUGGUUUCUAGCGCAUGAGAUUGACUAUCCUAGCGACAAUGAGAAGGCAACUGGCCACACAAGAGGACCUGAUCGACAUGAUCGCCCUACAAAGGAUGAAGAUGACGACCAGUCAUUUGUUGAGGAAGACUCCUACAUAUCGGGCGAGCAAUAUUUUCAUGGAAAGAAUAUUGCACAAGUAGGCACUUCGGUGGGGCCAAUGGUGCGUGGAAUUCCUGAUAAUGAUAUGAUGGUUCAGUAUGAUGGUCAACUUUUAGAUCCCGAAGAGCUUAAUUUGAUGCAUUCUGAACCAGUCUGGCAGGGAUUUGUGUCGCAGAACAGUGAAUUAGGUAUGUUAGCGAAUGGAAAAUUCCUUAACGAUUCUGAACGACCCCAUCCUGAUGACCCUUUUGUGGAGGAUGAUCAGCAUGGCUCUGUUAGGUCGAUUGGUGUUGGAAUAAGCAGUGAUGCUGCUGACAUUGGAAGUGAGGUGCGAGAAAGUCUGAUUGGAGGUAGUAGCGAAGGGGAUAUCGAAUACUUCAAUGAGAGCAGCCUCAGUGUUAGUGGAAAAAGACAUUCUCAGCAGGAAACUGAAAAGAAGAGAAUAGGUGGUAAAGGAGCUAAACAUGACCAAAUCAAUUAUGCUGCUGAUAUCCAGAAGAUCAAUCUACCACCAGGAGCGGCUGAUGGUGGAUUUUCUUUUCCUCCACCACUGCAUUCUGGGAAAAAUCAUGACUCUGAUGCUAAAUCUUUGUGGUCAAAGAAGGAUGAAAUGUAUUGCAUUAAUGAUCCUGAUGAAUGUCAAAAUGGCAUGGUAUCUGAUGAUAUGCUUGCCACGUGGAGGAAAAAGAACAGUGAGUCUUCUCUAAGGAGCUCUAGAGAUGAAAUGACGUCUGAUGUUGUCAGAUCGAGAAAUUCAAGUGCAUCGUAUGAUGAAACGGAGGACACAACCAAUGUUCGGCCUCACAAACUAGAUGACGCACAAGAAGAAGACACUGGAACCACCUUAGAUGACGAGGAAGCAGCGGCAUUGCAAGAGCAAGUCAGACAGAUAAAGGCGCAGGAGGAAGAGUUUGAAACUUUCAAUCUUAAGAUUGUGCAUAGAAAAAACAGAACUGGCUUUGAGGAAGACAAAAAUUUCCAUGUUGUUCUCAAUUCUGUCAUUGCUGGGCGUUAUCAUGUCUCAGAGUAUUUGGGUUCAGCUGCAUUCAGCAAAGCUAUCCAGGCACAUGAUUUGCACACAGGAAUGGAUGUUUGUGUCAAAAUAAUAAAAAAUAACAAAGAUUUUUUUGAUCAGAGCCUUGAUGAGAUCAAGCUUCUGAAGUAUGUUAACAAGCAUGAUCCUGCCGAUAAGUACCACCUUUUGCGUCUGUAUGAUUACUUCUACUACCGGGAGCAUUUACUGAUAGUCUGUGAACUUCUGAAGGCAAAUUUAUAUGAAUUUCAAAAGUUCAACAGAGAAUCAGGUGGUGAGGUUUACUUCACAAUGCCAAGAUUGCAGUCAAUAGCUAUUCAGUGUCUGGAGGCACUGCAGUUUCUGCAUGGUCUCGGUCUAAUUCACUGUGAUUUGAAGCCAGAAAACAUAUUGGUAAAGAGCUAUAGCAGAUGUGAAAUAAAAGUCAUUGACCUUGGGAGUAGCUGUUUUGAGACAGAUCAUCUAUGCUCAUAUGUGCAAUCACGAUCUUACCGUGCACCUGAGGUUAUACUGGGCUUGCCUUAUGACAAAAAGAUAGAUAUAUGGUCACUUGGUUGUAUAUUAGCAGAACUUUGCACCGGAAAUGUCCUUCUCCAAAAUGAUUCUCCGGCAACAUUACUUGCACGUGUUAUGGGCAUCAUUGGCUCCAUAGAACAAGCUAUGCUUGCGCAGGGACGGGACACCUACAAAUAUUUCACAAAGAACCACAUGUUGUACGAAAGAAAUCAGGAAAGUAACAGACUUGAAUACUUGAUUCCCAAAAAGACAUCCUUGCGGCACCGUUUGCCCAUGGCUGAUCAAGGGUUUAUCGAGUUUGUUGCGUACCUUCUAGAGGUAAACCCAAAGAAGCGCCCAAGUGCCUCAGAAGCAUUGAAACAUCCAUGGCUUUCUUUUCCUUACGAGCCAAUAUCUUCAUGAGGCAUAUUGCUAAAGUCCAAAAGGCAAAUCCGGAUAUGGUUUGAUCAUGUCUUGGUGCCACAAUCCGGGUGGCUUAACAUUUGUCUCGACACCUGAGCACCAUGAAAUUUUGACAGAUCAAGAUUCAAUACGUUCUACCACGACGGAGCCAUGGCAUCAACUAAAGUCCAAAAGGCAAAUCCGGAUAUGGUUUGAUCAUGUCUUGGUGCCACAAUCAGAAUGUCUUAUGCGCCAUGUACUAUCACAGCAUGCCCUGUGUUGUGCUUGUAAUAUAACUUUGUUUUUUUUUUGGUCUAUCUCUAGCCCCCGAUGUAACAGGCCAUUUUGGUUUAGGUACUUUGGAACGCUUUUCUAGGAAUAGGGCUGUCAUGUUGUACAUGGUGUGAUCAUUGUUGAACCCCGUGCGGCCGUGCCAUGCUGUGCACCUGUGUUACGGUUCUAACUUCUAACCCAAGUUCUGAG